AUGCAAAAAUUGGAUUAUUUAUUUUUACAUGCCAUUAGUCCUUUAAUUACUGAUCUUUCGCUUUAUGAUGUUGUAAAUACACCGGGGGUUGCAGCAGAUUUAAGUCAUAUCUGUACUUUAUCUCAAGUAAAAGGAUACCUUCCUGAAGACGAUGGUAUUAAGAAGGCAUUGGAUGGCUCGGAUUUUGUUGUAAUUUCAGCGGGUUUUCCUAGGAAGGUUUAUUUAUUUUCUAUAAAUUCCAAAAUAAUAAUUGAACUUGGAGAAUCUAUUGCUAAAUUUUCACCAAAUGCAUUUAUUCUUGUUAUUACUAAUCCUAUUAAUUCUACGGUUCCUAUUAUUGCGGAAGUUCUUAAAGAAUACAAUGUGUUUAAUCCAAAAAAAUUGUUUGGAAUAACUACAUUAGAUAGUGUUCGCUUAGCUACAUUUGUUGCUGAACACUUUAAAACAGUUGCAGAGCCUAAUUGUUAUGAAAUCCCUGUUAUUGGUGGGCAUAGCGGCACAACUAUUAUUCCACUUAUAAGUCAAUCAAAGCCUAAAGUUGAAUUAAAUCAAGAUGAAUUAAAAUCAUUGGUUUAUAGAGUUCAAUAUGCAGGAGAUGAAGUAAUUGAGGCAAAAAAUGGCAAUGGUUCUGCAACUCUUAGUAUGGCUAUUGGACAUUCUGGAAUUAUUCAAUCAUCUUUUAUAUAUCUUCCGGGAAUUCCUGGCGGUGACGAAAUUAUCAAAAGAGUUAAUCUUCAAUUUUUUGCAGUUCAAGUAGAAUUAGGAGUAGAUGGAGCUCAAAGAGUUAAACAUUUUGGUGCUAUUUCUCAGUAUGAAGAGCAGAUUCUUGAUGAUGCCAUUAUAGAGCUCGAGGAAACUAUAUAUUAUUUUAAUAUCUGA